CUCUGAUCUGCAAACUGUAGCCAAAGGUACAGUACUUAACUUUAGUUGCGAGCAAAAAUACCUGGAGAUUAUCCUAAUGAUGUACCACAACAGACGCUAUCGUGGGACCAUGUACAUCCUCAGGGGUUUACCAGGCACGGGAAAAUCCGGCAUAGCAUGGAAUCUGUGGCAGGAGGAGGGUGGAGAGAUCGUCAGUUUUUUCGAUUAUUAUCGCAUAUAUCACAAUUCUCAGAUGAAUACUGCGUAUUUUGGCAGGGCACAUAAGUGGGCACGCAAGACAGCAAAAGAUGCUCUAGAAAGAGGGGUGGAUCCAGUCAUCAUCAACAACUGCAACAUGCCCCGCUGGCACAUGUAUCCAUACGUCCUAAUGGCUUUUACCCGUGACUACUGGAUUGAAUUCAUUGAAACAGAAGACACCUGGAAUGUUCCUCUUGAGGAAUUGGAGAGGAGAUGUGACGAUAUUCCACUAUCAGUACUGGAUCGCAUGAAGGAGUCAUAUGAGCCAGCACGAAAUCCGUAUGACGUCCUGCUUGACGAGUAUGCUGAAAGUCGCUGGAUCAGUAGUCGGGAAAUGGCACAAUAUAACUGGUCUAACAUCCAAUAGAGAGCGGCAUUUCAAUAGUCCACUUAAUUCAUGGGGGUGAAUUAUUAUGGUAUGAAAAGGAAUGAUCAGAUAUCAUGCACCAUUCAUACAGAAAUAAAUUGUGAUAUUUUUGAGAA